CAUCACAGGAAUGUUUGACUUCUGUAAAACACAGCUUCGACUGAUUCCACGUGCUCGACAACAACAAUAUCUUGGUUGAAUUUUGCAGAUGUGGUCUCCCAAGCAAGCAACGUAUUUUAGGUUAUCUUUUUCGUGGAGUUGGCCUGUUCUAGAUACCUUGGUUAACGAAACGGAGCGGUUGAAUGCCGUUUAAUCGCUAACUAGCUUGUGGAUCUCGUUGCUUUGGGUCAUGGCGCUGUACAAGAAAGCCGCCGAGAUCCUGGAGAAGGUUGAUAGGCAACAAGGUGCGAUGAAAACGUUGGUGUAUGAAAGUAAAUUUUCCAACAUUAAGCAGCUCUUCGCGCUGGUCUGCGAGACCCAGAAGUUCUCGCCCAUCCUGGAGCAGAUCAUCGUUUCGACCAAACUGCUGAAGCUUACAAAAUUGAAAAUGAACUUGGCCAAGGUGCUUGUCUUUGACCUCCUAAUGGGCCAUGGGCUGAAGUGUGGCGGCUCAUGGAAGGCGCUCCUGAUGAGACAUCGCUACAGGCUGCAGUCUGAGCUGGAACUAAUGAAAGUCAAGCGAAAAGUCAGCAGGAACGAGGACCUGCUUCCCAAAGACGUCCAGCAGCAUGUGGGGGACCAGCUGCCCAGGUACGUGCGUGUCAACACCCUGAAGACCACUAUGGAGGAUACGGUGGACUACCUCAAGAGGGAUGGCUUCACAUACAUGGGUGAGGCCUUUAAGUUGGAUGACUUGACCUUGAAGGCCAAAGAGUUUGUGAAAGACCUCCAUCUCCCAGAGGUGCUAGUCUUUGCCCCCAAAACAGACUUCCACGACCACUUUCUCUACAAGGCCGGGCAUAUUAUUCUCCAGGAUAAAGCUAGCUGCCUCCCUGCCUUCCUUUUGGACGCCCCGCCCGGCAGCCACGUCAUUGACGCCUGCGCCGCACCCGGAAAUAAGACCAGUCACCUGGCCGCCACCAUGAAGAACAGAGGCAAGGUGUUUGCUUUUGAUUUGGAUGCCAAGCGUCUUGCCACCAUGAGUACUCUCUUGCUGCGAGCGGGCCUCACAUGUCAUCAGCUGGCCAACCAGGACUUCUUAAAGGUGGACCCUGAGAGCAAGUUGUAUGAGAAUGUGGAGUACAUCCUGCUCGAUCCUUCGUGCAGUGGAUCAGGCAUGGUGUGUCUCCAGGACCGCGUCAACUCUGCAGACUCAGAAAAGGAAGCAUCUCGUCUGGCUUCGCUGGCCUCUUUCCAGCUGCGUUGCCUGAACCAUGCGCUUCGAUUCCCCCGGCUGAAGCGCCUGACCUACUCCACCUGCUCCGUCCACAGCCAGGAGAAUGAAGAGGUCGUAACGGCCUGUCUCCAGCAAAACCCUGGCUUCAGGCUUGUUCCUCUACUGGCUGAGUGGCCCGAGCGAGGCCGGCCACCCCUCACUCAGUGUUUGCGGGCAAGCGUCAGUGGGACACUGACUCACGGGUUCUUUGUAGCCCUACUAGAGAGGUGCAGUGAAGCUGACAAGCUGAUGCCACAGCUGACCGUCCAGAUAAGGCAUCCGGAGCUAUCAGUGACCAGCCCACCAGUCUCUGAGAAGACCCCUGAAGCACCUCUCACCGACGCUUCUGAGUGUGAGGAAAAGGUGACUGUUGCUGGUGACAGCGCACAAGGUGAGAAGACCAAAAAGAGGAAGAGGAGGAGGAAGAAGACGAAAAUUGAAGGUGUGGAAACAGAACUGAAAGACUGAAUGGGCAUGUUGGACAAAAGAACAUGUCAUAUUUAAGCUUUUACUUUUUUGCAUAACUCCAGAUGUAACUAAAACGUUCAUUGUUUUCUCCAAUGGUCCUCCAGGGAGUUACACCUAGGUUCUUUUGCUUAUGAGCUGCAGAAUUUUUCUACACUAGCCUGACACUAAUUAGGGAUUUGGAAACACAUCCGACUUUAUUACUUGAUAAGCAUAAGUUAGUGAUGGACAACCACACAAAUUUCAAAUCCUCGGAUUCCUUGUAUUCAGAUCACUUGUGCAGGUUGCAAUGAAAGCUGAAGAGGGCGCGCCAUACAGAAUGCUUUUGAGUGGUCUGUGUUGUGCACCGCCUCAAAGUGUACAGUAUAUACAGUGUAUGUAGAUAGUGCAUUGUCUUUCUUUGUUCUCUGCUGUAUCGCUGUAAUUUCUGCGCUCUAGGGGAUUUUACAACAAAGGAGUGGCUGUUUCUUGCUGUAGCCCGUCACUACCUCCUGUUGUUAACUUCUCCAGCAAUCAUUUGCUGCAUGCCUUCCCAGCUCAAAUGGCUUGGAUGUUAAUUGCCAUCAGUGGCACUGAAACAGAAACAGCUUUUCCCAGUUGGGCAGAUUGACAGCUGUCGUUAUGGCAGAGACUGUGUGAAACCCACAAUACAUGCACGAACACACACACAUCAAACACACCUCCAAGAGCAGACAGACUCCCGACAGGGCUAUAGGCACGGGGUCAAUGGUCACUGCAGACAUCACAUCUAAUACUGUCAUGCGCAAGUAAAUGCAGCGAACAAAGGACUGUAAACUACACAAGAAGACAAAGACCAUUUGAAUUUGCUUUUCAUUUGUUUGUGGUGUAUGAACACAUUUAUUAAAACGAAAGGAAAACAUUAGUUGUUGGUCAUAAAUUUCCUGCCAAUGUACGGUAAACGUAUCUGUCUAUCUGACUCAUUCAUAUUUCAUAUCGAUAUAGCAACAAUAUUUUGGCAUUCUAACAGAACUGCCAUAAAAAAUGUAAUUUUAUAUGCAAUUUAUGUGGAAAACUUUGCUAUCCUUUAUACUAUGGAGUUAUGCACUGUAAACUACUAGACUUAAUGAUGAAAUAGUUUAUACAAGAUAAUGUAUU